AUGGAUUCAACAGUUGGAAGAACCCUAGAGGGGGGAAAUAGCGCGAAAGGGGUACCAAGCACAGAAAAGAAAGACGACACGGAUCAUGGAAGCACCGCACAUCGAAGAGACAGCGUCGCUGGUGGAAGCUGUAGCGAUCAUGGACUAAAUGGCAAACAUGAACUCAGUAGAAACCAUGGACGUAACAUGAAUCACGGAAUGAGUAGCAAUCAUGGAGGCAGCACAGAUCAUGGGCAUUAUAGUGAUCAUGGACGCAAUAACAAUCAUGGAGGCAGCACAGAUCAUGGGCGUUGGAGUGAUCAUGGACGCAGCCGAAAUCAUGGAGGCAAAACAGAUCAUGGGCAUUAUAGUGAUCAUGGACGCAAUAACAAUCAUGGAGGCAGCACAGAUCAUGGGCGUUGGAGUGAUCAUGGACGCAGCAGAAAUCAUGGAGGCAAAACAGAUCAUACAAGAUUUUCCUCAGGUCGGAGCAGAUUAGAAUCCUAUUAUUCCAGUGAAGGCCCAUCCUAUUCAAGGAACGCAGAGCGUUUGGGCGUUGAAUAUAGAUUGAAGCAGGAGUGGAACGACCUAGGCGUUAUCAAAACGAAAAAUUGGUUUAAUGUCAUCAUAGGAAUUUGUGAUACCCCAAUUACAGAAUACGAUUCUUACAACUUUGUUGACGAUAAGGUCAGGAGUUGGUCCCAGUUAAUCAAAGUGUUAAGAGCUCUCCGAGAAGUAGACAUUAACGAAAGAAAUAUCAUUUUUGAAAAAUUUGUGGAUUAUUUGCGACAAAGGAAACAAAACAACCCCAGUGAUAGUUUAACUGACGAAAAACAAAUCCUCUGGAAUGAUAUAAAGCUAUUGAAGCAGCAAAAAGAUGCUGAGUGGAACAAAUAUCACGUGGCAACUUGGAAGUAUUGGUUCCACAAGGAAUUCGCCACCGUGAAUCUGAUAGACAAUAAGCCAGGGUACAACUAA